ACCAUUUUUAAUUCCGUUUUUAAAUGGUAUCCAGGUCAAAAUUAAUUAGUUUUUAUAAGGUUAAUUUCGCGUCCAUAUUGUGCAUUGUUAGACCAACCGUGGUCAACAAUUAUAGCGCUUCAUUAUUUCGCACAUACAUAACUUAUUAUGGCCAGAAAACUGGAAUCUCUUGGUAGAUCGGGGCGAAAUAUUUAUCUCUUAAUAAUUGGCAAUGUGCUCUGUUUGCUUAUUGGUCAAAUUGGAGGAGCUGACGACGACAUGAACAAUGAUAUCCUGCCACCCCAUCCAGUGGCCUCCUCCUUUGUCAAACUCAUCCCUCAAUUCAACCCCAACACUUUCACUGUCCAAUUUAAGACUGGUACUAAUCUGACCAAAAUAAGUAAUUUCAUAUUUAAUGAAUUUGUUGAAAUUAUACCAGAUGAAAGAAUAGCCCUUUCCCCGACAAACCCAUCCUUCGUCUCCUUCCUCACUCAAUAUGCGACCCUCGCCUUGAAUGAAAUUGAGCGAUCGUCGGGCAGCAGUGCAGCAGGUCUUCGCGACCAGAUGCUGACGUUCUUCAAGACGGAGUAUGGCAAGUUUCUCUCGGAAGUUGGAGUGCCUGUGGGAUGCAUUUCUGUCUACUCUGGAGCUACGGAUAUGACCACAAUGAAACAAUUGGAAGCUUUGACAGAGUCUCUGAAUUAUGAAAGCAAGGAGAAAGGGCCUUCCUCAUCGUCCCGAAGGAAAGCCAUGUUUGGAGGGUUGGUGGCAAAUGAUCUCGUGCAGCGAUUGAACUUGGCCUUUAUCACGAGGCCUUUCCUGAGAGACACAUCUAUUCAUGCUCAAGUGUCUACUUGCGACAAGAUUUUCUGGACGUUAAAAGACGGGACAAUUAUGGCCAAUAUGCCUUCGACCGACUUUGCAUCUCGACAGGUCUGGAUCCCCACCGUGGAUGUGGCUGUCAACAUUUAUACCAAAAAUGUAACACGCGAACUUUCUCGAUAUUUUUCCGUUGGAGUGAGCUGUUUGGAUAAUAACGUUUCAAAAAGAAACUUUUCGUCAACCGUAGGAAAGUGGAUGUCUGCAAAGCUGAUUCCUGAAGUCAUUCAAAGUCCAAGGUGCAUACCAGGAUUUUCUAGGAUAUUGCAAUUGUGGAUCUCAAUUGAAAAAUACAAGCACAGUCUGCUCUUUGAUAUCACUGACAAUGGCACAACCACAAAAACAACGCAAGUAGAAUCAACCAGUCAGAUUGAAAAUCACAAGAUGGAUAAAAAUGGAGUACCAUCUCGUCAUCGACGACAAGUUAAUGAAGAAAUGUCGGGUAAAUUACCGUAUAAUCAUGAACAAAGAGAGACAGUUAAACGAAAGCUGAAUCGACGCCUAACCGACAAGGAGAUUGAUGAAAUACUGUACAAUGAGGAAUUGAAACUUCUAUACGACAAAAUGGACAACGUUUUCCGCAAGCACAACCUUGAGAUUUCAAAAUUGGACGUGGUGCAACUUCCAUCUGACCGUUUGGCUUAUCUUGCCCCUCCUCCUAUCGUUUUCCCUACCACAACCACAACAACCACCACGACGACCACCACGACGACCACUCCAAAACCAAAGAAAAAACCUGUAAAUCAGUAUGUAGAAGAAAACCAAGAACAGCAAAACGUAGAACCGGACGCGGAAAAGAUGGUCAAGAUCGUUGGCGAAGUUGAAAUUGAUGAAAACGAGCUACACGAACCAAUUUCCGUUUUUGUAGAAGGGGACAAAUUGAGUGCAACUUUGAAUGUUCAGCCAAAAUAUGUAAAUGGUGUUCUUAUCCCCCAGGGAAAUUUUCACCCAGGAAUAAGCUCAUCCAACCAUCUCAAGCAAUGGCAGUCUCAACAUCCGCAUCAUCCUCUGCCAGUAGAUCCGAAGAAAAUCCGACCACUUCACAUGCGACAGUUUAUCCUGCACAAGCAAUUCGGACAAGUGCCAGAGGCGAAAAAUUUCAUAGAAGCUUUAGCUGACUCGACCGUAGAAAAAAUCCGAAACGCAGCCCAUGCAGUUUUACCUAACUUGGUUCACGGGACUCAUCUUGAUAAUCCUCCCAAAGUAGUCAGCUUCAGUCCAAUUGAAAUAUCAGAUCACGUUCCCUUUGCACCUCACAAAAUGUCUUUAGCAGAGCAGAAAGAACAUGAAAUAGUUAAGCAAGCCGUUCAAAGUUAUCGCAAGAACAAGCAGAAAAAUAUAUAUCGAAAUAAUGGGAAACAUUUAUCUCGGAUUGACGAAGGCCUUUUUGACCUCUAUGACACUGCCCAUGAUUUUCCCAAUGCCAAAAAGUAUUUUCGAAAUAUGUAAUUAUAAAACCAAUACUAUUUGACACUUUAUCAUUCUAUAUGGGGCACCGCACCACGUAACGGUGUCAAUUACUCCUACGCUACACAGGGUUGUUGUACAUUAUUUUUCUUGUGUACUAAUAGUAAUAUGCAAAUAAUAACCUAGUCAUCACCCCAACACAGUCCGCCACAAAGGUCCUUCUGCCCCCAAUAAUAACGACAAUUCAAUCGUAGAUCGUAGAAAAAUUGUAAAUGUAGUGUCUGAAAAUAAACCAUAGCAAUACAAACAAAUACUAUGCACUUCUUCAUCGUCGUUAAAAACGCACCCAACCCUCCACCCAAAGUACAUGCAUGCUUAAGAGUUAAAAACAUCAGUGUAUUUUGAAAUAUUAUAAAUAUAUAUAUAAUAAUAUGUAUGCGAUAAUAU